AUGCCACCCAAGAGACCAAAAAGUGCAACAAGCAGUGCAGGCAAGAAGGGGAAAGCUAAAGGUCAUCCCGAUGACAUCUUCCCCAUGGUCCUGACAUCAGCCACCCAGGAGCUCUUUGGUUGCCUCGCUGAUGAGGAUGUCACAGAGGAGAGCCCUCACAAGCUGCUGAAAAAAGACGACAUAAUACAGGACUUUAAGACAAGAGCCGCGGUGUCCGAUUUCAGCCCUGUGAAGCAGAUUGUGCUGGACUACCCGGACGCAGAGCUCUUGCUGGUUUUUGACAGGGACUUCACCUAUGGCCAGAGCUUCUACCUGGUCCUGACACCAGAAGCUAAGGAACGAAUCUUAAACGUUCUGCAAUCACCAGAGCCUGAGACACAAGAAGUGUUUGAGGAUGAAGUCAUUAAAACCCCAGAACCAAAGCCAUGGAUAUCUCUCGGCAGUGAGCAGGAAAUAGAUGACGAAUCUGUCAGAGAGACCAGAGAAAAGCUGCGUUACAAGUUCUCCAAAGUGAGGAGGAAGUUUGGAUUACCAGUCUGUUUUUCUGACCGCAACACUGCGGAUGCUAAGGAUGGCUACCUAGAGUGUGCUUCAUACCAAGACAGCAGAUUCAGCAUCAAUCAGAUGCAGAGGGACUGCGGGAUUCAGGCUGUUUCCAGACUUCAGAGCAGCAGUGCUCAGACACAGUGGAAGUUGCCGAGGAAUAUCUUUACCCAGUGCACGCCAAGAGAGUUAAGUUAUGAAGAAAAAGAGAACAUCCUCCAGUCUGAGAAUUUGAAGAAUUUUUGCAACUCAGUGACCCCAAGAACUUUGCAAUCCCUUCAGCAGGAACAAAUCAUGAAUGUGUUCUUUGAUGACUGGAAGGCUCUGGGGACAACAGCUAAAGACUGGUCUGGGAAGGUUUCCGAAGGUUUGAUGAUUUAUCAGUUCUUCACCAACCAGAACUACACGAAGGACAAGAAAAUCAGCAGCGUUCAUUGGCACCCAACCUUCUACGGCGUGAUAGCUGUGGCUUUGACAGAAAAAAAGGAGAAGCCUUUGAACGAGUCCACAACGCACGUCUUCAAAGCUUCUCUCAUUCUCUUCUAUAGCUUCUCCGACCCCUCUAAUCCUCAGUUGCUGCUGGAGAGCCCAGAUGACAUUUCUGCCUUUGAGUUUUGCCCCUCUGAUCCAAAUAUUAUCGUUGGCGGCUGCAUAAAUGGCCAGGUCGUGCUGUGGGACAUUUCUGCUCACGUCACGCACUUACAGGGAACACAGCCUGGUAAAAAUGUUUCUGUCAUCACUGACACUUUGACCUUCCACCAGGACCGCGAUGACAACAAAGAGAAUAAGACUCCUGUUGUGCACUUCUGUGCAAUGUCUGCCUUUGAGAGCAGAUACAAAGCACCAAUUACUGAUGUCCAGUGGCUGCCACCAACAUUUGAGGUGACCAGGACGGGCUUACCAGUGCAGAACAAGUACAACAUUUCUACACAGGUUGUCACCUGCUCCCCGGACUGUGCUAUAAUGUUCUGGGAUGUGCGAGUGUCAAAAGUGAGCCAGUCAGCGUCAGACAGUAAGCAGAAUGUGGUUCCGAAGACACCCUACAGUGUCCCCGACACUUUCAAACACCUGGGCCACACGUGGAAGCCUCUGUUCAAGGUUUCUCUGCCAAAGAUUGAUAUCAGUGGCGAAUAUGUUCCUCUGAAAUUCAGCCUGGAACAUUUCACCUAAGCAGCUAAUGAAAAUGAUGAUAGCUCAGAGGUCAUCCCAGCCUACAGCCAGCUCACAGUGCCCUCAGCUAAAACACUCAGUACUCUGGAAGAAGUCAAUACCAAACUCUUUAUUGGAACAGAGGACGGGGAGAUUAUUUACACUGACUGGAGACUGGUGAAGGACGUCUCUGAGCGGCUGCACAGUGCUAAGCCCCUCCACUGUUUUAGCAUCCAUGAGAAGGUGAAUUCGAUGCAGCGGUCGCCCUUCUUCAACGACAUUAUUUUGACGACAGGAAGCUGGAACUUUGCCAUCUGGAAGGAGGGAGUCAUGGACGGCCCCAUCAUCCUGUCACCAAUCUCAGAGCAGGAGUUCACUGUGGGAUGCUGGUCCCUGUCCCGACCAGCUAUUUUCUUCAUCGGGAAAGUAGAUGGCAGCAUUGAAGUGUGGAACCUGCUGGAAAAGAUUACUGAACCUGCGCAGGUCAACGCACACGUCACCAAUGCCAAGAUUACCUGCAUCAAACCCUGGAUAGCCUCCUCCAAGCAGCACUUCCUGGCUGUGACUGAUGACCUUGGAAUGCUCCGUGUUUUUGAAAUCCCAAAGUUACUCUAUGUUCCCUUCAAGAAUGAGAGUUUGAGGUUCAAGAAAUACCUUGAGGUGGAGGAAGAGAGGUUGAAGGAUCUUUUGAAGAGUGAUGAACUGUGGGCAAAACCGGAGGAGGAAGCUGAACAACUCACAAAGAAGAUGAAAUCUGACAAGCCGUUGAAAUCCCUUGUGGAGGAUGAAGAGGAGUGUAAAAAUCACCGGAUUCUGCAAGAAAGCAUCCUGAAGGACACACAAGAUGCCUGAAUCACACACAUCCACCACACAUCUGCAUUGUUCACUUUUCUAUUUAUUUAUACAUUUGAUAGCCUCCACUGUUUUUUUAA